GUGACUUCGGACCUGGGAUCUAUCUUCGUGCAAUCAUCGCCAGCGUCCUGAGACGGAAUACGGCAGGCGACCGGCGAGAGAGCUUCACGAAGCAGACCCUGACGUGCUCCGGCGAGCGCAGAACCUCAGCGGCAGGACGAGUGGCAGAGCCGGACUCGCACCAAUUGCUUCGUGCGAUUGAAGGCAGAACUCCGUUGAAGGAAUUCGAAGCUCCGACGUAUCCCAGCUGCCAGAACCGAAUUGCUGCCAAAAUUCUUCCAUGGAGUUGGUAAGUCGAAUCUAGGCAUUAGAUUCGCCCAGGUACACAACUCUUUAUCCCUUUGCUUUCGUAGCAUUUUUAGGGUUGUUUAAUUCCGCUGCAUUAUUUCCAAUUGCCUAAUUCCACUAGUUUGUGCUCGUGUGAAAGAACAACGGGAUUGAGUGAGCAAUUUUGCUAACAUAAUAAUCUUGGGUUGUUCGUGCAAUUGCUUCACACACGUGAGCCAAAUUAUGAAAAUUUAGGCCAUAUUCUACGUGCAUCUGUGUUGCUGAUUUUUUCAGUUUUUAUUCUCUUUUGUGGGUUUUUUUCCUCCUUUGUGGUGAUUUUUUGAUUAUUUUUCUCCUGUGUGGAUAUGACUACUAUGAAUCAGUAUGCUUUGACUCCUUUUAAUGGAAAAAUUGAUUUUAGUAUUUGGAAACAAAAAUUGAAGUGUGUUCUUGUUCAUCAAAAAGUUUAUAGGGCUGUUAGUGAUUCAUAUCUAGAAACAGACGCUAAAGAGAAAAGAGUUGAAAUGAAUGAAAUUGCUUGUUCCAUAAUCUACUUAAACUUAACUCACUGUGUGAUCAGAAAAGUUGGUAUUUUGGAAUGUGCUAAAGAUCUUUGGAAUAAACUUGAUGAACUUUAUACUGAAACUUCUUUGCCAAAUAAGAUUUUCUUACUUGAAAAAUUUUUCAAGUUUAGAUUGGAUAUGUCUAAGGACAUAGAAGAAAAUCUAGAUGUUUUCACCAAACUGAUUUCUGAUAUUAAAUUAACCGGUGAUAAACAUAUUGAUGACUACACCCCUAUUGCUCUUUUGAAUGCUAUUCCUGAUUCCUACAGUGAUGUUAAAUCUGCAAUUAAGUAUGGUAGGGAUAAAAUUUCUCUUGAUGUUGUUGUGAAUGGUCUCAAGAGUAAGGAAUUAGAGUUGAAAAAUUCUAAGAGUGAUAAAAAUUCUGGGGAGGUUAUGCAUGUGAGGGGUAGAACUUUGAAUAAGUUUCAAAACCAUAAACAUGCUAACAAUGAUAACUCAAAUGUGAGAAAAUUCAACCAGAGAAGGGGUAAGUCUAGAUCCAAGUCUAAAACAAGAAAAUGUUAUAAUUGCAAUGAAUAUGGUCACCUUAGUAAUAGUUGUUCUAAGCCUAAGAAAAUUCAGCAANAAUUAGAGUUGAAAAAUUCUAAGAGUGAUAAAAAUUCUGGGGAGGUUAUGCAUGUGAGGGGUAGAACUUUGAAUAAGUUUCAAAACCAUAAACAUGCUAACAAUGAUAACUCAAAUGUGAGAAAAUUCAACCAGAGAAGGGGUAAGUCUAGAUCCAAGUCUAAAACAAGAAAAUGUUAUAAUUGCAAUGAAUAUGGUCACCUUAGUAAUAGUUGUUCUAAGCCUAAGAAAAUUCAGCAAAAAGAUCAUGUUAAUAUGGCUACUGAAUCAAACAACUUUGGUGAUGUGUUAAUGAUCAAAGAUUAUGCUUAUUUGAACUCUGUGCUAUCGGAUUUGUAACGCCACAAAAUAUGGCCAAAAAUUUAUUAUAAAACAAAAGUAAUUUUUGUCCAAUAAGAAAUAUUUAUACGUUUGACCAAAAAUAAAUGGAUUUUCAUAAUAAUGACUUUUUGUUAAAAAGUUAUUUUUAUGGAUAUGUCUCGAAGAGACGAAUCCAACGGUACAUUUUAUGAACCAAUCUGAUUUAUAGAUUUCAAGUUAUGUCAAUUUUAAAUAUUAAAAUUUGUAACUUUGACCCAUAAAAAUAAACUCAAUUCAAAAGUGAUUUCAUAAAAUUAGAAUUCAUAAUUUUGACACUUGACAACACCAUAUUUAUCAUUUGGAUUUAAUCCAUAUGUUUAUAUCUCAUUCAUAUUCUUAAAUUAAUUUAUGACUCACCCGGACACUGAGAAAAAUAAAAUUUCUCAGAAAAAUAUUUUGAUUACGUCAAAAUUCUAGUUUUGACAGUCUGAUUCCGAAAAUACAACCCGUUUUCAAUUCGGAGCAGUUUUGGCGAAAAAGCGCGUACCGUUGUAGUCAGUUUAUCAGUUACGGAGUAGGAGAAUAUUUUAAAAUCCCUACUCAAUCACGUAUUCAGCCCAUGAUCUCCACUAGCCACCUCAAUCUUCACAAAGUCACCCCAAACCUCCUAUCCUACAUAGUUUCCAAAUCAUGAGUUCCAAACGCAGCAUCAACUUCUACGUAAGUUCUGUAAUUUUCCAUCCAUUAUCUCGAAAUACUUUCUGAACCAAAGUUGUAGCCCCGAACAAUACGAUUCCAGCCCAACAAACGGCUCACGAUUUCGUUAAGUAACAAAGAAGAUAUGGCCAAAAUAUCGGGACUGCGCCAGUGGUGGCGAGCUCCUCGGGUUGGCAUAUCUGUUCUUCACCAAAUUCAUAUUAUUUCAUUCCAAAUACCUACCAUAAACUCUCUAACAAUUAUUAGGAACAUCCGGAAGGUAUCGUAGAGAGGGUUCGGCGUUGGAAUGUUGAAAUUAGUGAGUUAAUCGUCGGAAUCGUGUUCAUCGACAUAGCCGAAAUUCUGGACAGCAACUUUCCCUUGACUUCAGGUCUGAUUUACGCUAUCUUACAUCUGUUAAAUCGAAAUACUUUCUAUACAAAAGUAAUAGCCUUACAUCUUAGGAAUCUAAGAAUCAAACGGUUUGCAAUUCCGUGAAGAAACGAUGGAGAUAUGCCCAAAAUACCGCAGGCUGUCCAGUUGUGAUGGAAAUGACAAAAUUGGCAAAUUUCAAUGUUGUUUCCACUCCCUCUCAUCCGUAAGGUUUCGGCCAAUGAUUUCCAGGUCUGUACCUUUGCGUUAGACUUGUCGAAUCAUUCAUCACAUGCGUACAUGAACAUAUAUGUUAAUCCAAUUGUUGAAAUCAUUCCAAAAUAUAUAUGUGACGCAUAU